UAAUGUUACACGUGUACAUUUGGUCACUUUAGGUUUAAGAAGUGUUGAAACAGUGAAAACUUUUCAGUUGCCUCGAUUGUACUUGAGUAAUUUUGGAAGUAAAGUGAGUGACUUAGAAUAUUGGAAGUCUGCGGUCUGCAUUGUGGAACCUAGACAGGAUUACAUUGCUUUAGUGCUCGUUACAAGCUCUGAGGCAAUAUCCCAUCAACCAUGACCCUUCAGUGGACAUUUGUUGCCGGAUUCCUCUACUUAGAGGCUGCGGUUCUCUUACUUCUCUUACUGCCUUUCAUCAAACCCUACAUGUGGCAGAAGAUCUUUAACUCUUCAAUUCUGAAGACAAUCAAUUCCUUUUCCUAUAUCUACUUCAAUGUGUUCAUCGCCAUCUUAGGCCUGCUGUUUGUCGAUGCUAUCCGAGAUGUGCGGAAAUACUCGUCGGCUUAUGCCGAGAUUGAUGUUUCUGUACCCGGAGCUGAGGUACAGCUCAACAUGAAGUUGUUCCGGUCCCAGAGGAACCUGUAUAUUGCUGGAUUUGCACUCUUCCUAUGGCUUGUGCUCCGGAGGGUCUGCACCUUGAUCUCUACCGAAGCCAGACUACAGGCCUCGAAUGAGGCAUCCAUUAAGCAGGCUCAGAGUGCCUCGGACCAUGCCCAGAAACUCAUGAAGGAACUGCAAGAGCUCAAAGAUGCUCAGAAGGGGGAUGGUACAUCAGUAGAUGAAAUCCCAGAGAACAAGGCCAACGAAGAGGUGAAGAAAUACAAAGAGGAGCUAGAGGCAGCCAAGAAGGAAUUACAGCAGGCUAAGACCGACUUGACAUCCAUCAAGAAACAAGCUGAAGGAGUGAAUAUGGAAUAUGAUCGUCUCCUCAAGGAACAUGCCAAUCUGCAGAAGACUGUUGAGGAGAUAGACAAGAAAGAUAGCUAAAGGACUAGUCUCGCGAGUUCAGCUGGUCGCUUAUUGUGGCCUGGUUCAUGAUACUACCAUACUAGGACUGUUAUUCCAUGAGCUCUGAAACAAGAACUCACAGGCAGGAAAAGGUAGCCAUAUUGAGCACUUACAAAGUUACUUACAUAACUUUUACCCGCCAAGUCUAGAUUAGCUAAGCUGUGUAAAUUGGCAGCACUGUGGAAUCCCUUUCAUUGCUGGAUGUGCUGAAACAAACUUCAAAUUAUUAUUAGGGGUAAAGGCAAGGAUAUAUCAUAAAGGUGAUUAAUUUGAAAUAAACAUAAGGUAAAAGUAUAAACCACAGUGUGCACCAAAUGUCCAACAGUCUCAGCGUUAUUAAUGGGUUGUUACUUUACUGAUUAUUUUGUGUGGAAGAUACUGUGUAGGGAAUGAUAUACAAACAUUACUGAGGUGCUUGGUCAGUACCAUUGCACCGUUCUUUUCUUCUUGUUAGUGUAAUAACAUACAGCCUUGUAAGUCCAUCACUUGCUUGAUUUCAAGCUUUUUUUCCCUUGUUUUUUAGAUCAACUCACUUUAUGUGUAUUAACUUUAUCCCCCUCCUUCCCCGGCAAAACGGAAAGAGGUACAAGAUUUUGCCUUGUCCUUCCACUUGGCAUAUUAGGUUGCCAUGAUUGGUCUAUGGUCGGCCUUAGGGUCCCCUAGAAGUGGAAUGUUUGUUGGACCCCACAGGUCCGUUACAUCCAUCACUGUAAAACACACCAAACCGUUUGCCACCAUAACUUCUGGCAUAGGAAGCAUAUCAAUUUCCAAUGAAUUUGGUAUGUGGGUUGGUUUAGGGUCCCCAAGAAGCCAAAGGUCACUGUGGUUAAAAAUAUAGACUUGAUUUUCCCAUUGGUAACUGCAAAAGGACUUGGCAAAUUGGCUGGAUAUGUUUCAUGAGCUCGGUUUGAUUUGUGUAAUAUUAAAUUUUGUUGUAUUUGUGAUUAUGGAGGAAAGCAAAGUCAGCAGUUUAGACCUGGGUUGAGCAGGGCAUUCGUCUUUCCUCUUCUCAAUCCAUGUGAGACAUUAGUCAGAGGCAGUGUUUUUGCUUUUGGUUUUUAGUUAUUAUUUAAAGAGUAACCUUGCUGUGUUUGGUGCAAAUAGUUUAUUGUGAAUAAAAGGCAAGUUUUUGAUGCAUAAGCAAAAUACUUCUCGAUUAGGGAACAUAAUUUGAAAUAGUUAUGCCUAAUGUUGCAUACAUGUGCAUACAUUACUAAAACAAAAACCUAAAAGUGUGCUCUAAUUUUGUCUUGAUGACCAAACAUGAAGCUGAUGAAACAAUACAUUACUUCAAAUGUGUGGUAAAUUCAAAAAGUUUAUUUCCCAAACCAAUACAUGUUUAAGUACAUUUUAGAAAUGUGUAAUUUUUCCAUCAUUAUGAAAUAUUGUGAAAUGAAAACGGGACAUGUACAUGUGGGAUACAUGAAUAUCUAAAUGUCCAAAGUUUGCUGUAUUGAUUCACCACACUAAAUUGUCCUCACAUGAAACUAUCAAAACUUUGUGCAAACAGAAGUGGGUAGUACAGGCUUUAUUAAAGGAGCAAUGCAAUGUAUUUUUCUUAGAAUCAAGUUUUUCUCCAAACGUUCAAAAUUGAACAAAGAGUUAACACAGUAACGGCUAAUGCUGAAUGCCGAAUAAGUCUGUAUGCAUGUAAAAUGUUAAGGGUUUCAGUUGAUUGCACAACAUUUUUUGAAAGGCCUUGAACUCAAAAUUGGCUGUAGCAACUUCUUUUAUGUUGCAUCACGUUUCAAAAUCAGGGGAACAUUUCAUUGCAAAUUGAGGAAAAGCAAACUUGUCAAAUCAAUUGUAACCCCAACCUGAAUCACUCUUUUAUGGUUUGUAAAUUCUAAGACGUUUUUGUUUCACAUAAGCAUAAUUGUACAAGUGCAUACAUGUCAUCAACAUGCAUGUAUACUAGGUAAAUUGGUAAAAUUUAACAUUUUUUGUGUAUAUUUU